CGUAAAAUGAAUCGAUUUUUUCUUCAAGUUGCUAUAGUAACUCUGCUUUGACAACAAACUCAUGGCCAAUGGCCGCGUUCAAAAUUCCUGUUGUUUAUACUGUCAAUCUGUCAUGUUGCAAUGCAACCGCUAAAUAUAUUUUUUAUUGAUUAAACUUUUAGUUAUUCGUGUGUUAAAUGUAAGAAGUACAUAGUAGAUAGGGGUGAUAUAGAAAAAAUGUUUAAGAACACUUUUCAGUCGGGUUUCCUGUCAAUUCUUUACAGCAUAGGCAGCAAACCGUUGCAAAUUUGGGACAAAAAGGUUAGAAAUGGGCACAUAAAAAGAAUAACAGACAAUGAUAUACAGAGCUUAGUGCUUGAAAUUGUCGGUACCAAUGUUAGUACAACAUACAUCACUUGUCCGGCGGAUCCGAAGAAGACCCUCGGUAUCAAACUGCCCUUUUUGGUAAUGAUCAUUAAAAAUCUCAAAAAGUACUUCACCUUCGAAGUACAGGUCUUGGAUGAUAAAAAUGUUCGGAGAAGGUUUAGAGCUAGUAAUUACCAGUCAACAACUAGAGUUAAACCUUUCAUUUGUACAAUGCCUAUGCGUUUAGAUGAAGGCUGGAAUCAAAUUCAGUUUAAUUUAGCUGACUUUACAAGACGUGCUUAUGGCACAAAUUAUGUUGAAACUCUAAGGGUUCAAAUUCAUGCAAAUUGUCGGAUUAGAAGAGUAUAUUUCUCGGACCGAUUGUAUUCAGAAGAUGAGUUACCGGCUGAGUUCAAAUUAUUCUUGCCUAUCCAGAAUAAAACUAAAACUGCCAUGGCUACUUAAAAUGAUACCAAAAGAAGUUUUGUCAUUUAUAUAGUAAAUGUAAUGUUUAAGUCUAUACUUUGUUUUUUAUGUUAUUUUAUGAAAAUUUCUAUACACCCCUAAAUGCCUUAUAUUAUUGUAUUUUAUAUACAAAUAAAUGUGCACAAAAAUACUGUGUAUUUGACAUUUCAUAACAUAGAUAAAGUUUACAAAUUGAUAUGAAUUAG